GAUCAAGAGCCCAACACAUCAUUUCCGCCUCAGCUCUACGAACAGGUUUUCAAGAAUUGAAGGAGAAACCGAGAAAUUAGUUGAAAGAGGGGGAAGAUCAUAUCUGUUAGCUCUUGUGACGAUAGAGAAAAAGGGUGUUUAAUGGCUUUGAGGCAACUUCUUAAGCAGGUGGCAACACAGGAAUAUGAGCUUGUACGAUUGAGGACUCUGUCAACUAGGCUCUAUUCAACUUCAUUGAAGUUUCACAAUGUUGGAGAAAGUAGGCUUGCAGGGUCUCACAAGAUAUAUCAGUCAAGCUAUGUUGGUAGCUUAGGACGUUAUCAACAAUCUCCCUUCGGAUUGGCGAGUGGAAGCAUCCGUUCUUUCAGUCAAGAUGUGUCUCCCUUGCCUGACAUAAAAGAUUCUGAAAUAAAAACUGUUUUCAAAGACUUCAUUGCUGCAGACUGGGGGGAACUCCCCAAUUCUCUAGUCCGGGAUGCAUCAAAAGUUUUAUCGAAGAGAUCUGAUGACAACAUUGGAAAGGAGGCCCUGAAAAAUGUUUUCCGUGCAGCUGAGGCAGCUGAAGAGUUCAUUGGCACUCUUGAGACCUUGAAAAUGGCAAUCGAUGACCUUGUUGGUAUGAGUGGCGAGAAUGUGAAGCCGCUUCCGGAACAUUUUGCCGAGGCAUUGAAGACAGCUUAUGAUCGCUAUAGCAAGUACCUUGAUUCCUUUGGGCCUGAUGAAAUCUAUCUGAAGAAGAAAGUAGAGUCAGAGUUAGGAAGGAGGAUGAUUCAUUUAAAGAUGAGGUGUGGUGGCCUUAAUUCUGAAUGGGGAAAGGUAACAGUCCUUGGCACAUCUGGAAUUUCUGGUUCGUAUGUUGAGCAAAGAGCACGAUGAUUGCAAAAUAUCGAUUGGAGCUAGGAUUUUGAAUAAAGAGAAAAGAUUGUCUGUCUAGCUGGAAAACCAGUCAUCUUUAACUUGAAGUUUCAUGUCCAUGUUGUGAUAACAACAAUCUUCUUUGUGAAAUAAUUUGUUUCGAUAUACAAAGAUGUCAGUUCCUUUUUUCCUUUUUCA